AUGACAACCCGCCGCGACUUUCUAGGCCAGCCGGCGCCGGAGAACUACGUGGCAGGUCUGGGUCGUGGUGCUACUGGCUUCACGACGCGAUCUGAUCUCGGCCCCGCGCGCGACGGCCCCAGCGACGACCAGAUCAAGGAGGCGCUGGCCAAGCGUGCCCAGCAGCUUGGACUCGCUCCAGAAGGUGGCGCCAAAAAGGGCAAGGACGAGGAUGAGAGCGGCGGCGGCGGCGGCGGCGGCGACGACGAGCGAUUCCAGGACCCGGACAACGAGGUAGGCCUCUUUGCAGGCGGUCUCUACGACAAGGACGACGAGGAGGCCGACAAGAUUUGGGAAUGGGUCGACGAGCGCAUGGACCGGCGCAAGCGCCAGCGCGAGCAGCGCGAGGAGGCCGAGCGCGACGAAUACGAGCGCAACAACCCCAAGAUUCAGCAGCAGUUUACCGACCUGAAGCGCGCCUUGGCCACUGUAUCGGACGACGAGUGGGCGAACCUGCCCGAAGUCGGCGACUUGACGGGCAAGAACAGGCGGAGCAAGCAGGCCCUACGGCAGCGCUUCUACGCCGUCCCCGACAGCGUCCUGGCCGCGGCGCGCGAUUCUACCGAGAUGGGCACAAUGGUUACGGAUGAUGGCGGUGCGUCCUCGAGCGGCGAGACGUCCGACGGCACCAUGACCAACUUUGCUGAAAUUGGUGCGGCGCGUGACAAGGUGCUGAAGUCGCGGCUGGAACAGGCCUCACGAUCCGGCAACGGCGAUGCCGCCAACGGCAGCUCUACGAGCAUCGAUCCCCAAGGCUACAUUACGAGUCUCAACAACAUGGUCAUGCCCGAGUCUGCCACGCAAGUUGGUGACAUCAACCGCGUGCGCGAGCUGCUGCAGUCAGUCGUCAAGACGAACCCCAACAACGCGCUGGGCUGGAUAGCGGCCGCCCGGCUGGAGGAGCUGGCCGGCAAGACAGGCGCCGCGCGCAAGACGAUUGACCAGGGCUGCGAGCGGUGCCCCAAGAGCGAGGACGCGUGGCUGGAAAAUAUUCGCCUCAACCAGGAGAGCAACAACGCCAAGAUUAUCGCGCGGCGGGCGAUCGAGGCCAACAAUCGUUCAGUGCGGCUGUGGGUCGAGGCGAUGCGACUGGAGCACAUCCCCAACAACAAGAAGCGCGUGAUCCGGCAGGCGCUAGAUCACAUCCCCGAGUCGGAGGCGCUGUGGAAGGAAGCGGUCAACCUGGAGGAGAACCCCGACGACGCCAAGCUGCUGCUGGCCAAGGCGACGGAACUGAUCCCGCUGUCAGUGGACCUAUGGCUGGCGCUGGCGCGCCUCGAGACGCCGGCCAACGCGCAAAAGGUGCUCAACCGGGCGCGCAAGGCUUGCCCGACGUCGCACGAGAUUUGGAUCGCAGCCGCCCGUCUGCAGGAGCAACUCGGCCAGGCGAACAAGGUCAACGUCAUCCAGCGCGGUGUCCAGGUGCUGGCCAAGGAGCAGGCGAUGCCCAAGCGCGAGCAAUGGAUCGCCGAGGCCGAGACGUGCGAGGCUGACGGCGCGACCAUCACCUGCGAAAACAUCAUCCGCGAGACGCUCGGAUGGGGCCUCGACGAGGACGACGACCGCAAGGAGACAUGGACCGAGGACGCGCGCAGCAGCAUCAACCGCGGCCGGUACGAGACGGCGCGCGCCAUCUACGCCUACGCGCUUCGCGUCUUUGUCAACAGUAAGACGCUGUGGCACGCGGCGGCCGACCUCGAGCGCGCGCACGGCUCGCGCGCGUCGCUCUGGCAGGUACUCGACAAGGCUGUCGAGGCGUGCCCGCACAGCGAGGACCUAUGGAUGCUACUGGCCAAGGAAAAGUGGCAGGCGGGCGAGAUGGACGGCGCGCGGCUCGUGCUCAAGCGCGCUUUCCAGCAGAACCCGAAUAACGAAGACAUUUGGCUCUCGGCCGUCAAGCUCGAGUCGGAGAGCGGGCACGCCGAGCAGGCGCGCAAGCUGCUCGCCGUCGCGCGCGAGCAGGCGCCCACGGACCGCGUCUGGACCAAGAGCGUCGUGUUCGAGCGCGUUCAUGGCGAUGCCGACGCCGCGCUCGACCUCGUUCUGCAGGCGCUUCCCCUCUUCCCCGCCGCGCCCAAGCUGUGGAUGCUCAAGGGGCAGAUAUACGAGGCGCUUGGCAAGACGGGCCUCGCACGCGAGGCCUACGCGGCCGGCGUCAAGGCCGCGCCGCGCUCUGUCCCUCUGUGGCUGCUGUACGCGCGCCUCGAGGAGGGCGCGGGGCUGACGGUCAAGGCGCGGUCGGUGCUUGACCGCGCCCGUCUCGCGGUGCCCAAGUCGCCGGAGCUCUGGUGCGAGUCGGUGCGUCUGGAGCGCCGCGCGGGUCAGCUCGCGCAGGCGCGGGCCCUCAUGGCGCGGGCCCUCCACGAGGUGCCCCGGAGCGGGCUCCUCUACGUCGAGCAAAUCUGGCACCUCGAGGCGCGCACGCAGCGCAAGCCGCGCAGCCUCGACGCCAUCAAAAAAGUCGACAACGACCCGGCGCUGUUUGUCGGCGUCGCGCGGCUCUUUUGGGCGGAGCGCAAGCUCGACAAGGCGCAGGCCUGGUUCGAGCGCGCGCUCGCGCUCGACGCUGCCCGCGGCGAUACGUGGGCCUGGUAUUACCGCUUCCUGGGCCAGCACGGGACCGAGGAGAAGCGCGCCGAGGUUGUGGCCAAGUGCGUGUCGUGCGAGCCCCGGUACGGCGAGACCUGGCCGGCCGUGGCCAAGAAGCCCGAGAACGCGCACAAGAGCGUCGAGGAGCUUCUCAAGCUGGUGGCUGAGGAGCUGGAUCAGUAA